AAGAAAAAGAAAAAGAAAGAGUAAGACAAAAAGAAAAGGAAAGAGUAAGAGAAAAAGAAAAGGAAAGAGAAAAAAACAAAGAAAAAGAAAAGAAAAAGAAAAAUAAAAAGAGAAAGAGAAGCAAAGACGUUAGAGGAUAACGAGUAACAUUGAUGAGAACAUGCCAGAGCGGCAAGACGAUCCCGUCGCCGUCGUCCCGAACAAUGCUGAAACCUCUUCCGAAGAUCACGAUCCCACGGAUUUUCGCAGCCCGCGGCGAACACGGAGCUAACGAGGAGACGGGUGUCCCCCUGCGCGCGAAGUUGUGACGCGGUGUCAGUGAAGUGUGAAUUUUUAUUUAGCCCCCUUUCCCCCUUGUCCUUGUAAUUCUUGUUUCUUCUCCAUUCGAUACACUUUCGCAGUCCCGCUCCACCCGGCCCCCUCUCCCAAUACGUUCAUCCAGGUCGACGCGGAAGGAUCGAUCGCUCGGUACACCUACGUUCUCCUAUUCGAACGGGACAGGACGGGGUAUCGUUUAACCGCGAACUAGCUACGACGGAGAAAGAUAAAUAGCUGCCCCAAGCAGGACGUCCAAAAAGCCUGAGCUCUCCCACCGGUUGUAUCGAAUCCUGUGUCGAUCACUGAACAGACAGAAACAACGCGAGGCGACGAGACAUCCUUCAACCGCAAGCGGAUCCGACGAAGACGGAUAAAAAGCUUCCGGAGGCUAGACGUCUGAAAGGUUUCAGCUCGUCCGUCGUCUACAUCGAUUCCCGGGUCGAUCGUCGAGCAUCGACCGUAUAGAAACGUCGAUAGAAGCGUCGAGUCGCGUGUAAUCGUAUCAGAUCGGAGGCGACACGCGCGCUCAAGGCCGCCGAAAACCGUUGCCCCCGGUGCGUGCGUGUGCCCCGCGUCUGGGAGAAGAGGGCCCGUGUAUGAACUGGAGCGACUCGGUGUCACGCGGACGUGCCCCGAGGACUUUCCAGCGGACUUACCUGACGCGGAACGGUCGAGCCGGCCCGGCGAGACGUCCCGAAAUCGUCCGGCUGCGCGGACGAUUUUCAUUGAAACUCCGGCUUGCAGCGAACGGUCAGCGACCCCGGCGAACACGCGCGCGCGAGACCAGCGGCAGAGCGCGAGAGGAAUGCUUCUUUCUCGAAACGGUGACCAUCGGGACCGAUUCGCUUGCGCGAGAGGGAGUAGUGUUCCGACUCGCGGAGGAACACGAAGGCCACCCCGAAAAUUGUAACACCGAGAUGACGCAGUGAGGAACCGAUUGCUCCGGGAUACUGCGGCAGACACAGAGUAUCUUCAGCGAGUGCGCGACCCCUUUCGUUUCUCUCGCGCCACGUGGAACGAUAUGAAAAGGUGACUAGUCGGUCGAACGCGGAUGGGUGCAUCGUUUCGCGGACUCCACGUUCUACCGGCGGUCGUAAAUAAACGAGCAGCUAGGUGACACGCGAUUCGCGGAUAGCUACUCCACGGGGUUCUCGAAGAUACGGUGCCGCGGAGACUGCCGCUCGACGCUCUCUACGGUUCUCUAAUGGAUAACCGAUCCCUCUAGCCUGCCGGGGGAAACUCGCCGUGGAUAACGGUCGCCGGUGAGGAUCGGCCGUUCGUGGAUUCCCAGUGAUCGCCUCUUGCCUACCGGGUGGAGACGGAAAGGGGAUUUGCUCGCGCGCGCGCGGACGGUCUUCGGCUUCGGCUUCUUUUCAGGAUACCUCGGCCGUGAUAGCCGGGCGAACGGUAUAAACACGGAAGAGAGGCUUGCCCGAAUGGGAACGGUUAUGAGUGACCCUGCGGACGAAGGUCGACGUCGAUCCCAGUAGCGCGGGCGUGAUACACGCGAAUGGUGACCGCAGUCGGUACACCGAGGUGCACCAUCGCCGGCGUAACUUCUUCACCGUACAAUGGACGUUUUCAAAAUCGACCAGUCGCUGAGCGCGGGUCUGGGUAGCGCCCCGGCGCCGGACACCCUUACGCCGGAAGUGUCGUUCGACGCCGGUAGUGAGUUCAAUCUGAGCUUCUUCGACGGGCCGGAGGAGAACAGCACACAAGGGUUCAGCGAUCCCGGGUCCGUGGGUAGCGCCAGCGCAUCCCCGCCACCAGGGACACCCAGCAGCAUCCCCGUUAACCCUCCGAACGCCGCCCUACCGAUAGUCCAAGUGCCCUCUGGCAUCGUCAUUAAGCAAGAACAACACUACGCGGCCGCAGAUUCGAACAGUUCGACGCCCGCGAAGAGUUUCGUGGCCUGUAGAGUUUGCGGUGACAAAGCGAGCGGUUAUCAUUACGGCGUGACCAGCUGCGAGGGUUGCAAAGGCUUCUUCCGGAGAAGCAUUCAGAAGCAGAUAGAGUACAGGUGCCUGAGGGACGGCAAGUGUCUGGUCAUCAGAUUAAAUCGGAACCGCUGCCAGUACUGCAGAUUUAAGAAGUGCCUAGCUGUCGGCAUGUCAAGGGAUUCCGUAAGAUACGGCAGGGUGCCAAAACGUUCGAGAGAACGCGGCCCCGAAGACGCAGUACCAACCACCACCACGACAACGACAACGACCACUGGUGUGCAGCAGUUGACAUCCUCCGGUGCUGGAAAUAAUAACAAUAACAAUAACAACAAUAAUAACAACAACAACACCAGCCAGAACAAUAACAACAACAACAAUAAUAACAACAACAAUAGUCAAAGUCAGAACACCAUAGCCUGCGUGCCGCCAGCCGCAGUGGUCGAAGCGGAUCAGUCGGAUGCCGAUGUGAAACACUUGGCCGUAUACAACGUAAUACUUCAAGUCUCUCAAGCGCAUCACGCUCACUGCGGUUUCACUGAAGAAUCGACGAGGGGCAUCGUCCGGAAACCGAUGAUAAUACCGGCGAGUGCUUCUUCGCAGCCUGCCAGUCCCGAAGACCCAGAGGCGGCGUCGUCGACGGCAGAAACAGUCGAAUCGCAAAGGAUCUGGCUGUGGCAACAGUUCGCCACUAGGAUAACGCCGUCGGUGCAAAGGGUGGUAGAGUUUGCCAAAAGGGUGCCAGGGUUUUGUGAGCUCUCGCAAGAUGAUCAGCUAAUCUUGAUUAAGGUCGGUUUCUUUGAAGUCUGGCUCAGCCAUAUCUCAAAGAUGACCACUGACAGCUCGAUGACAUUCGAGGAUGGUACUUAUAUCACUAGGCAGCAAAUGGAAUUAAUGUAUGAGCCGGAUUUCGUAUCCGCCUUGAUGCAAUUCACAUCGGCUCUUAACGGCCAUCAACUGUCGGAUACCGAGUUGGGUCUCUUCUCCGGCGCCGUUCUCCUGGGCGAGAGGCCAGGCCUGAACGACGUGAAGGCAGUGCAGAGGCUUCAGGAUCGUCUCCUGGAGGCACUGAAGGUGCAGGCGCUACGGAACCACACGGUCUCCGGCGAGGCUACCUCUGCGGGCAGCUGUUCCAACGUUUCGAGCGUUUCGCAGAGGAUACCGGAGCUGAGAGCCCUGGGUGCCAGACACGCGAAUCUCCUCGACUGGUUCAGGAGGAACUGGACCAAGCUCAAACUACCGCCUCUCUUCGCCGAGAUUUUCGACAUUCCCAAAUGCGAGGAGGAUCUUCAGUGAAUAGAAUGUUUCAGAGCACAUCGAGUUGAUUCGACGAAAAAUGAACAGAGGAGGGAUGUGAGAAGGUGAGAGGAAUCCACCGAUCGCCCAACGGUCAUCGCACAAAUGCAGCCCGGACCACGAGGACGAUUUAUUUCCGCUCGCAGUCGGCGACGGUGCACGCCGGCAACGGCGAGAAGAGCAGGCCGACCGCCUGUUCGACAGGGAAAAGGAGCCCGCAGGCCGACGAUCCGUCACGAUGUUUCGGCGGGAUUGAUCCCGCCGAAAUCCGGCACCGUUCGUUUUCAUUGGUGCGCGAAGACGGGAGAUUGAUCGUUCCGCGGCGAACAGUACGAGUCGCCAAUCGAAGUUCUCCGAACUUGAUGCGAGAAAUGGAUGUUUGAUCGAUUAAUAAAAAGAGGGGGACGAAAUAAAUCACACCGGGAGCCGAAUUGACUCAUCAGAGGCUUUCGAAUCUGAGAGAUGAUCGGGGAUAUAAUCGAUCCAGAAAUGUUCGAUCGAACGAUCUUCGAGGAAGGAUUCGUACUAUUCGCCGCGGAACGUCGGAGAAGCAUUUAAAUACUCAAUCGACGAGGGGGAGGUUAGCAUUCUUUUUCGGUUUUCAUGUUUCGUUUAUCUUGUAUAAAAUUAGUCCCGCGCAUAUCGUUGUUGCAAUAAAGCGUCGCAGUGAUCGAACACGCGUCGCGCGGAAAAGAUAGCACAAAACCGUGAUCAAUUCGCGGACUGCCGUUUAUUACGGUGUUCGCGGGUGAAAGUUUUCGGGCGAACUUUUAGAGAACU